UGGACCGGUGGUAGAGACGCCUCGAAAUACGGAAACAUGGCUGUUCAACUAAAUCUUCUCACACGUCAAAUUGAAGGCGACGAAGACUGCCUCUAUUUAAAUGUGUUCACCACGAAAAUCGAGCCUGCUAAAAAGCGCCCAGUGAUGGUGUGGAUACAUGGUGGUGGUUACUCUAUGGGUUCCGGUGAUGCAACCGUAUACGGGUCUGAUUACAUCGUGCAGAAAGACAUAGUUUUGGUUACUUUAAAUUAUAGAUUAGGUACUCUAGGUUUCCUAAAUCUCAACGAUAAGAUGGUAACGGGUAAUCAAGGUAUAAAAGAUGUAAUCUUGGUAUUAAAAUGGGUACAGAAAAAUAUUUCACAGUUUGGGGGAGAUAAAAAAAAUGUCACUAUCUUCGGCGAAAGUGCUGGUGGAGCCAUUAUACAUUGUCUAACUUUGACUCCGUUAGCCAAAGAUUUAUUUCAUAAAGCGAUCUCACAAAGUGGAGUCAUGAGGUGUCCUUGGGCAUAUACUGAAAAUCCACAGAACCUAGGUUUUCGGCUUGCCGAAAAACUUGGAAAUCCGACCAAAGAUCCGAAAGCCACUUACGAGUUUCUCAAAACAAUCGAUGCAAAAUAACUUAUAGAGAUUCAAGAAAAAUCUCUCUCAACGGAAGAGGAGCGUAUACAUCACGGCUUGAGAUUUACACCCAGUUUUGAUCACGAAUCAUCGAAUCCAGUUUUUCCAGAAGAUCUAGAGACGUUUAUAUGCCACGAGGUUAAAGUACCAUUACUUUUAGGUUUUACCAGUUCUGAAGGAUCUUUUAUUGUAAGCAGUAACUUCAUCGGACAGACAACUAAAGAAGACAUUAAAAAAAUCAAUUCUGAUUUUAAGAGCGCUAUACUACCCAAUAUUUUAUCUAUACUGCUAAAAAUAUCAAUCACACCCGAGGACUUACGAUCUCUAUAUUUUGGUGAUAAAAUCUUAUCAGAGGAAACUAUGGAAAAUUAUGUUGAUUUUCUCAGUGACGAAUUCUUCAAUCGUAGUAUAAUGGAGGUAGUGGAUAUUCAGACAAAGCUAAAGGAUAAUAAAAAUGCAACGUAUCUGUAUCAAUUUUCAUACGAGAGUGACAAUUCUCCUAUAAGAAAAAUAUUUCAAAUUAACUUUCCAGGUGUGGCACAUGCCGAGGAACUGGCGUUAUUGUUCUAUCCUUCUUUGAUAAAAGAUUUAGGUAUGCUUUUACCUGCCAUUGAUUUGAAAGAUGGUAAGAUGAGGAAUUACUUAACGCAAAUGUGGACAGAUUUUGCCAAAACAGGGAAUCUAACGCCUGCUACAAAUGCAUGGUUACCGGUAACUAGUUCACCACAGAAAAAAUACAAUUAUCUAAAUAUCGAUAUAAACUCACAAAUGAAAGUUCUUCGUAAAGGAGAAGAGAGAUGGAAUUGGGAGGAAAAGAAAAAUAAGUUACGGCGCUAAACUCAAACUACGUAGUUUAAGUUUCUCUUACUUUUUGCGAUUACAAUAUUCUUUCUUGUUUUUUUUUUCAAAAAUAUAUUUAAAUGGAAUGAACAUUAUUUUCUUUAAAUUACGGGUUGGUUUUAGAUAAUAGAAAUAUGAAGAUUAUGGUACGGAAAAUAUAUAGUUUCCAAUAAGCCAAUAAAUCAUGCAAUACUAUUCGUUACUAACAAAUAGUGUUGUAAGACUCCUUAAAUAGCAUUAAAUACCAUUAUAACUGAGAAUUUAUUACACUAAAAUUAAUUAUAAAAUUAUAAUGCAAAUAAAAUAGCAGAAAAACAAAACAUAUUGUUGUUAUUAUAUUAAAUUUUGUAAGUUUCUCGUGUCAUAGACAGAACACAAAUCACUUCCAAUAUAAUCUCUCCUACAUUAAUUUUCUUAUCCCGCACAGAUUUUUUAAUAUUUUCUGACAAUAAGAUAUGCAUUAAAUUUAAAAACAGUUUCAACUGACUGCAGAAUUGUCUUCCUCGCUAAAUUAAACUCUAACAACUCCAUGUCAAAAUUUUCCUUGACAUUUAUUAAGGUUAAUACCUUUUAUUUAAAAAAUUGACUUUAAAAUCGACUAAAAUAUUACAUUACUUUUACUUUCCGAUCAUUGCUAUAUAUGAUAUAACUAGAGAAAAACGAAAAAAAAAAAA